AGCAGAAUCACAACCCUCAAGCUCAUCAUACCGCUAGAGAUGGACUUAGCAUAGCCUCGAGGCAAACGAACUCCUCCAGUAUCCUUACUAAUUAUUUGCGGUUUACAUUUCGAUGGAUUCCUCAAUACAUAUCUCCUCUCAUGUCGACGCGUGCGGUCGUGGGUUCCUCAGCCUUGCCGAAGCCCUAAUAAAUGCCCCCCGUUACGCAGAUCAAAUACGACCAGAGAUCCUCCGUGAUGAGUUUGAUCGCUUCAAAAUUUGGGCUGGAAACAUCGCUGCCCACCGGAAGGGUCGACGGUCGCUCGAUUACCGGCUUCGCGACGCAGGCCACCUCAAAGCCGAGACUCAUAACCUAUUGACAGCCCUUCAAGACUCUCUUGAGAAUGCUUUGGCUAUCGUAAAUGGAGAGAAGAUCCCAUGGGAUGAGCUGUCCGAUUCUGACACCGAUUCAGAAUCUGAUGCCGAACUCUCGGGCGAUAUUCAAGAUGGUACAGAGCUCAAGCAGCUCACGGCUAGCAUAAAAAAUACGGUUACAUGUUUGUUUCGACUGUCUAUGGCUAUCCGUGAUCCUGCACCCAACAGCCAGUCCCGCAGUACCAUCAGAGUGGACAAAUCUAUCUAUGAAGAGCACGACAUACUGCACGUACAAGCAAAGUUUUCUAUUGACUCAUCUUUCCUGACUGAUAGGCUUGGUCGAGCAGUAUCAGGACGACGGCAAUAUCUAACUUACCGCGAAGAACAUCAUCAAAAGCUUGCAAAGAACGUCGAGAAGAUUGGGUUCGAGGAGCCGAGGACAGAGCAUACGAACAACAGCACCGAAGCAUCACCAGUACCAAAGACGACGGUGACACCUAAUGAUAUACUUGAUGACGACGAAGACGCACUUUCCCAGACCUCAUAUGCAAGCUCGGUGAACGCGAGUAUCCGAGUACCACCGCUACCUAAGGAGGCUCGGGAGAAGGAGCACUUUGAAUGCCCUCUUUGCUUCAUGAUUGUAUGUAUACAUACAACCGCGGCAUGGAAGCAACAUGUUUAUCGCGAUUUACAUCCGUAUUGCUGUACAUUUGAGCAUUGCACCACCGCAGACCGCCUGUAUGACUCGAGACACGCUUGGUUUAGACACGAACUUGAAGCCCACAGAACAUCCUGGCAGUGCAUUGAGGGAUGUGAGUUAACAUUUCAAUCAGAGGAAGAAUUCGCCGCUCAUGUGCAAGCAUACCAUCCUGAAAUCAGUUCUUCGGCUAUGUUUUCUGCUCUAAAGCGGACUUCCGUUAAGCGCGCGAGCCUUUCGGAACAAGCAAAAUGUCCCUUGUGCGAGAAGCAGAUGACGUUACGCGUCCUGCAAACCCACCUUGGCCAUCACCAGGAGCAGCUUGCUCUUUUUGCUCUGCCUCCAACCCUAGACGCUACCGAGGAUGAUCCUCAAGAUGAAGACCAAGACCCCGUGAACGUGGACCAAUGGCAAGAUGAGGAGGAUCUUUCGGAUGUUAGCGAUGUUGAUGCAGAGAAAGCCGAGGAUACAUUCAACGAGAAUCUGGUCAUGCGCGUGCGUGACCUUACAGAUGACGAGACCUUUGUCCUGGCUGAGUAUGAAGCUCACGCCACAAAGUGCUCCCACUGCGUGGAUGCACUUGACACCUUCCGUAACGGCGACGCUCUAUGCGAUCGCGGCCAGUGGCUUGCCAGCGACGUCGCCAAGUAUUUUUUCAGUAAAAAUGGGAAAACAUUCUCUGCUGUCGAUAAGGAUCGUAAUGAGGAGAUACUCGUCCGUAUCCCCCGAGACUUCAAAGCCUCUCGUCGCCUUCUCCUAGCGAUCGAAGAAGGUCUCCGCAUUGAUCAGCCCGUUGAGAUCAUCGAGCGUGCUCCCCGCACAGGUCGCCGCAACAUUAUUGUCUACCCACGAUCGGCUCCCAACCAGGCUCCCAGCCGUGGUUCUUUAUACGAAGCCGACCUGGCCGACCGAGUCGACCGCGCAGACCGGCAGAAGCGUAGCUAUUACCGUUAAGCAACUCAAUUUAAUACGUAUAUAGCCCCUUAAAACAACAUCAUUAGAAAGUCC